GUCGAGGUCAAUGUGUAUGGGUUCGUUCGGCUGUAUCAGGCGUUUAGACCGCUUCUUGAGCAGGCAGGGGAUCCGAAGUGGGUUACUAUUGGGUCCGGGGCGGGUUUUUUGACGUGAGUCGACCUUACCUAGCCUAUUAUUCAUCGGUGCCAACACAGCAACAACUUGUUGUAGAUUGAUCUUAACCCUACCCGGACCCAGGAACUUCAUCCCCAUGCGAAACUCCGCGUACGCACCUACCAAGCUCGUCCAACACUGGUACACCAAGGCCAUGUCCUCCGAGGACCCUUGGUUGACUGCAUUCCCCGUGGACCCUGGCUGGGUAUCGACGGCCAUCGGGGACCGCGGCGCCGAGUCGUUCAACACCGCAAAGUCCCCCCUUACUGUGGAGGUCAGUGCGGCUGGUCUGGUUCGGCUGAUUGAUGCGUCUACGCGCGAAACGCACAGUGGGAGGUUGUUUCGGUAUGAUGGGGGGGAGGAGCCGUGGUGAUGGUGAUAUUUCUUCCGAAGCGCUGUGGGUAGACGAGACGGGACGAGACGGGGCCUCUCUUUGUCAUUUCGUUUGUGCGAGACGUAUUUCGCAGAUAUAUCGAUAUAAUAACAAAUCCACACCUCGAUAACACAUCGAUGUCUCCCUCCCACCCAAGCCCCCGUUCCGGUGCCGGGGAGCGGGACAGCCGGGGAGGAUCAUCGCCACUACUACCGCAGGGUCAGACCCAAGCCCUAACUUCGAAGGAUGCGAUGUUCGACAAUGACCUGAUGGACCAACACAUCCACAUCCGACACAAACACCAGAGAACCCCCCCAACUAGCUAUCAUGCUGAACUUUUAAUUUCAUGUUCUUGAUAUAAGUGCCAGUCUAGUAUAUUG